CCCGCCAUUAUCGUCAUUUGCGGUAAUCGCCGCCGUUUAACCAUUUCGGAGAUUUAAAGUUUUCUUCGCAUUCGAGACGAGGAGCUUUUCAGCGUCGCACAAUGAAACUGUUGAUGCUGGCGAUCGGCGUGAUUUCUGCGGUGCCGUGGACACGGGCGGCGAUGUCUGAGGCUCAGAUGAAGGCGGCUUUGAAACUCGUACGCAACACUUGUCAACCGAAAUCCAAAGCGACAAGCGAACAAAUCGAGGCCAUGAAGCAAGGCGACUGGAACCAAGACCGAAACGGACAGUGCUACUUGAAUUGUAUCUUAACCAUGUACAAGUUGCAAAAAAAAGAUAACACGUUCGACUGGGAAAGCGGUCUGAAGGUGCUCGAAAACCAAGCGCCGCCUUCGAUUGCGACCACCGCGAUCGCCAGCGUUCUCAAUUGCAAAGAAUCCGUGAAAACAAUCGACGACAAAUGCGCAGCGGCGUACGAGAUAGCUCACUGCAUCUACGACGACAAUCCGGAGAAAUACUUUCUACCGUAGCGGGUGCGGGGAAGGAUUGAACACUUCUUGAAACUGUAGUUCAAACUUAUGGAAAAUAAAACCAGAUCGUUGGCUGA